CUCGGAUCCAUCCAUCCUUUACUAGCUCAGCCUCUCGCUUUUUCAGUUUCUCUUAUCUAUUUCUUGACGAUAAAGGGUCCUUCAAGUCCAGCUCUAAAGUUUUGCUUCACAGGCAAACCCCACAGAAAGAAAGCUCUGCCCUGCAUGUGCUGAUUAACUAAUCAUCCCGUUUUUAUAAGGAACUGAUCACCCAGCAAUCACAUCGAAUGCUGAAAGAUUUCACUUACUUUUUCCGCUUCUCUGUACUUUGGUUCUUGCUACAUAUCUGAGAGAUCUGUUAUCAUUUCCACAAGCUUCUGUGUAAUUCCGGGAAAGACUCAUUAGAGAAUUCCUGCUCUGCGGCUGGUGGGUGGAGAUCAAAGAUGGGUCUCACUGGAGAGCUGGUGAAGAGUGUCUUCUCCAGAAGCCGACCCUCCGGUCCGCACGAGACCAACGCAAGAAGUGGUGUGGCCGAGAGGAUGAGAUGGAGCGUUGUGAGAUCGUACCUGUGCGGUGAUGAGUUCAAUUCGGUUCUGGCGGAGGAAGAUUCGGCUUCUGUCAAGAGCUAUGAAGCCACAAUUAGUCCACUAUUUGUAGAAACUGAACCGGACAUCGAAAGUAAUGGGGAGAAGGAAAGUUCGUCAGAAGAGCGAGAGAAUUCAAUGUCCAGAUUGUUCCAUGAAGACGAUGCAGCUAUGAUCAUUCAAUCAGCUUUCCGAAGAUUCCUGGCUAGGCGUAAGAACGUGGAAGAUAUAUCAGUGAGCAGGAGCGAGCAAUGUACAGUGUCGGCAGCAGAGAGCCCAAGCAAGGGCUCCAUUGGUACAUCCUUGGAAGUUCAAACAGCAAAUUCUGUGCAAGUAUUCGCAGUACAAGACGAGAAGUUGGCUACCAGUCACCAGAAGCACAAACACAGAACUCAAGUCUCAAAGCCAAAGGAAGAGUGGGACGAUAGCACGGUAAGUAGCAACAUAUCGAAAAUGAGGAUUCAAAGCAGACUGGAAGCUACAACCAGGCGGGAGAGAGCUCUGGCAUAUGCAUUCUCCCAACAGCUAAGGAUUUGUUCUAAGAAGAGGCAAACAAGAACAGAAGGUAGAGAACCCAACAUGAGUUGGAGCUGGCUCGAAAGAUGGAUGGCAACUCGCGUUUUAGAGAGUCCAUCAGUCGGAAGUCAUGUGAACAUGCAAAUUCCGCCAAGGAACAGAGUCAAGAAAAGACUGCUUGAUGUAGCAGGAGAAGAAAUCGAAAGUUGCGGAUCCAACGAAGUAUCUGUCCAUCUCGAGGCCUUGUCAGUCAGAGCUACAGGGGUUGGGAAGAACUUAAAGCCAACUAGAAUCAGGCCUAAAGCUACUAACAAGAGAAGUGUAUCAAGGCGGAAAACAGUGCCAAGCCAACAAUGUCCAAAGGAGUAUGCAAAGGUAGAACUCUUUCGAGUCUCAGCUCAGGUAAGGCACUUAUACAGCAAAGCAAUCACGCAUGCUCUGGCAUCUGGGGAAAGCUCAUCGGAUGAUGUUGGAAGUGGAACAGACAGAAAGCUCAAGCAGCAAAUGGAGAGCAAGAACGAGAUCAUAUGCCAUGAUUCAGAAUCCUAGCAAACGCCUCACAAAAUGCACACAACACGACGUCCUGCUGCUGGCCAAUUAACCCAGCAAGACAAGUCAGUUAAUGCAUCCAGUAAAUAUAGCAGUUUAAGACUCUCAGAUGCCUGCCAGAAUUUCCUCUGUAAAUGUAUGUAUCAAAUGCUUUCGCAUUAUCAUAUGAUUUGCUAGACAUAUGAGUUUCAUGAGUGUUCUAACAACUUCAAUAUAAGGUCUGAAUCAACUUACAGUACCUGCUAUUAAGGUAAAGGCGCAAGA